ACCAUGUUAUCGUCCCUCACUCUUUUGACCUUUGCAGGCAUCUGCCUUGGUACGGGAGACAAGGCGCCCGCAAAGNNGCCCCCUCAAAGAACUCUCAGAAGUGCGCAGGAAAGAGCAAAGAUACUCGCAGCAUGUCCGGCCUACGAGCACUAUGCGAGGUUCUCACACCCACCCUUCUCCGAGGGUCCCAUGUCACUCCCCUUCCAGCGCCCGGCUGCACUAUGUCGAACAUUCGAGUCAGACUUGGUGGAACAGAUCAUUGACGACAUGAAUGAGAAGAUGACGGACAAGGAUCUGGCUAGAAUCUUUGAGAAUGCUUUCCCCAACACCUUGGAUACUACCGUCAAAUGGCACGUCGACGGUACAGACAAGUCACCCUAUAAGAGCAGCAAUGGCGCAUGGGAAGGUCCUCAGAGUUUCAUCGUGACCGGCGACAUCAACGCAGAGUGGCUUCGAGAUUCUACAAAUCAACUGGCUCAGUACCAAAAGCUGGCCAACAAGGACAAGGCCAUAGAAAUGUUGAUACUGGGCGCCAUCAACACUCAGGCCGAAUAUGUAAUCGAGUCUCCCUACUGCAACGCCUUCCAGCCACCUCCACCGAGUCGUCUGGCUCCCUCAAACAAUGGCCAGGAAGAUGUCGUUCAUCCAGCAUAUGAGCCAUCAAAAGUCUUCGAAUGCAAAUACGAGCUGGAUUCGGUUGCGCACUUUUUGUCCCUGUCCAAUCAAUUCUACAACCACACGGAAUCCACUGCUUUUUUGACCCCAAGAUGGUAUGCCGCCUUGGACACUCUGCUUGGAUUGCUCGAUGAGCAGGCCAAACCCACCUUUGAUCCCAUCACCGGUGCUUUUCAGCAUAAUGAAUACACUUUUAGGCGUCGUACAGAUGCGGGUACAGAAACUCUCGGCUUGUCUGGCAACGGUAAUCCAUUGAACAACGGAACUGGCCUCGUUCGAAGUGCAUUCCGUCCUAGCGAUGAUGCCACCAUCCUUGGCUUCUUCAUUCCAGCAAAUGCCAUGAUGGCCGUUGAGCUAAAACGAGCAUCAGCGAUGCUAGCAAAAGCAGGCAAACUCAAGCUUGCCGCUGAUUUGAAGGCACGUGGAGCACUGAUUGAGGAGGGUGUCUGGGAGCACGGUGUCGUACCGCACAAGAAGUAUGGCUCGGUGUUUGCUUUUGAAGUUGAUGGCUAUGGUUCUUCCAUCAUAAUGGAUGAUGCCAACCUGCCGUCACUACUCGCUUUACCGCUGUUGGGCUUCGUCUCCAAGGAUGACAAGACGUAUCAGAACACCCGCCGUAUGAUAUUAGAAAGAGACGGCAAUCCUUACUAUCUUUCCGGUAGAGCAUUCAGAGGAAUUGGUGGUCCUCACAUAGGACUACAGAAUGCUUGGCCUAUGAGUCUGCUGGUGCAGGCAAUGACUUCUGAAGAUGACGAAGAGAUCAUAGACGCCCUCUCUACCGUCAAACAUGUCAGUCAUCUGGGUCUAAUACAUGAAAGCAUUCAUGUUGACCGCGGCAGAGAGUACACUCUCUUGAGCAAUCUAAAUCCACAAUCAUCUUUGCAACCUCUACACGCACCGGAUGACACUGAAGACGACGACGACGACGACGACGACGACGACGAAGAAGAAGACGAUAAAUCCAGUGUACAUAGCUUUGAGCUCUACACGCCAGACGAGGAGAGAUCCUUACUCAGAAAGCUGGACAUCCGUCUGGUGCUAUUCUUAGCACUUCUAUACAUGCUCUCAUUUCUGGAUCGGUCAAACAUUGGCAAGGCUAGAGUUGCUGGCAUGUCGACAAGCCUGAGGCUUAGUUCAGGUCAAUUCGAAUGGUUACUCACGGGAUUCUACAUUUCUUACAUCUGUUUUGAGUGGAUGACUCUACUUGUGUCACAGNNAUACAAGAUCUUUCCGCCACACGCGUACAUAUCCCUGUGUGUCUUUGCAUGGGGAUGUCUGGCGUCCUUGCAAAGCGUCAGUACAGGCUUUGGUUCCAUGCUGAUAUUACGAAUCCUGUUGGGAGUCUCCGAAGCGGCUUUCGGACCAGGUGUACCCUUUUACUUGUCCUUCUUCUUCAAGAGGAACGAACUUGCCUUUAGAACUGGUCUGUUCAUCUCCGCUGCACCUCUAGCCAGCAGUUUUGCAAGCACUCUGGCCUUUGCCAUUGUCAAGCUUGGCAAGAACACCGCCAUAGAAAGCUGGAGACUUUUGUUCAUAAUAGAAGGCUUCCCGAGCAUAAUAGUUGCUGUAUGGGCUUGGUAUGUGAUUCCAGACUCACCUUCGACUGCAUCCUGGCUCUCGGCCAGAGAACGAAGAAUAGCAACACUCCGUUUGCGGAAACAGACGAGCAUUUCUCAAGCUCAUACCUCUGGGAAAGAGCAAGCGAAGAGGUUUGACUGGUCUGCUGUUCGUACCACUUUGUGCGAUCCAAAGAGUUACCUGACUGCUGGCUGCUUCUUUUCCUUGAACGUAGCUUUCUCGUCGAUGCCAGUAUUCGCACCCAUGAUCAUCCAAAAUAUGGGUUACUCGGCUACAAAGGCUCAAGGUCUGGCUGCUCCGCCUCACCUCUUCGCCUUUGUCAUGGUGCUUGUAACCUCAGUCAUCUCUGACCGGCUACAGUCACGUUCAAUACCCAUUAUAAUCCAUGCCAGCUUGGCGCUGGUUGGUUACGUAUUGCUUGCCCUCGCGCCAACAUUGCAUCUAUCGUCUACAACCCAAUAUCUGUGCCUCUUCCCAGUCACUGCUGGCUUCUUCUGCGCCGUCACAACCGUCAUAGUUUGGACCGUCAACAAUCAGCAAAGCGAAGAAGGACGUGGUAGCAACGUUGCACUCUUGAAUGUCAUUGGUCAAUUGGGACCUCUUGUUGGGACACGACUAUAUCCAGACUCUGACGAUUAUACAAGAGGGCAUGCCUUAUGCGCCGGUUUCAUGGCAUUGGUGGCACUAUUGGCAAUAGUGCUGAGAUUUCUUCUUGUCAGAGCCAACUCUUCUUUGCGUGCAGCUCGAUCUUCAUCGCAAGUUGAUGGUGCAGACAAACCGCUGGUGGGCAGUUUUCAUGGUGCCAUGGGUGGUUUUGAAUACAUGCUAUAG